AUGAAUACCGACAAAAUAUUUGUGGACGGUCUGAGGACAGUAAACACCGGGAAAAAGGUCACUAGUACUCUUACAACGAAUUCAACUUCGGCUAACAGCAGUUUUGGCAAUAGGAGGAAAAUGGAUCUUUUGACGUUCGAGGUUAAACGGGGGAGACGUACAACACCGCCAUCGGUUAAGAAGAGACGGAAUAAAGAGAAGUACAUAGAGUUGAUUGAAGUGGACGGUAAAACAGUCUCAAAGACUUCGACAGGUAAGAGGAAAUUCCAUAAUAAAUCCAAGACAGGCUGUAUCAACUGUAAGAAGCGUAGGGUUAAGUGUGACGAGGGGAAACCUGCUUGCAAGAAAUGUACAAACAUGAGUCUGAGUUGUGUUUAUAUUUCCGCUUCGACACCUAUUGUGAAACAGGACUAUGUUAGUGCAAGUAACAGCAGAGAGGGUACACCUUUAUCGAGCGGGAUGACCUCAAGUACGCACGCACCGUAUUCCUCGGUGUCAUCGUCGUCUUCGUCCAGUGUGGUGGGCGACAAAAGUGACAUGGCAGACAAUACAAUGGGUUCGUCGAAGAGCGAGGAAAGUUUCAACACACCUCGGGCGAGUAAUGAUGCUCUCCCGGAGAAACUUAAAGGUAUCAAGACAGAAAAAAAUGACGGGAAUUACUCUGAUGGGAAUACAAGCGUGACACCAGUGAUGUCUGGUGUACAGGACAACGUGCUCAAGAGUAAAAUAUUGGAGGGUUCCACUCUUCAUCAGAGUGUUCCACCACCGGAGGAGCCACAUAACGGCACUGCUAAUCCACAGAUGUUUACUCAAAAUUCAAAUCUUGGUAUACCGAGAAUACCCACUAACGAUAUAAAUGGAAUGCCCAAUUUGGCACAGGGAAGAACAAGCAUCAACAGUCUCAACGGUAUAGGGGGUUUCUAUAACCCGAUGGUAGAGAAUAAUAACUCUAAUAAUCCACUAUCAAACGUUACGCAGGAUCCAUCGGCUUUACACUCGCUACUAAUGGCGGCAGCGGCAACUUUGGAAAACUCCGGAGUUAACAUGCAUGCCGCUCCAAAUAACGGAUUCAACUUCAACUUGGCGUCAAGUCUCUUCCAGGGGCAGGGGAACAUCGCCGCUGGUGGCAUCAGCAACACGGGCAUCACAAAUAACAUUCCAUCCACCGUUCUAGAUAUGCUACCACAAUUCGUUAACGGUGGGGCAAACUUAAUGCAAGAUAACGGCGGUAUCCCCAACAGAAACUCUGUCUCCGCAAACCCACUACUGGCCAACUUCAAUGCCAUCUUGAACAGGGACGCCAACAGCCAAGUGGAUACACAAAAACAAGUACAAUACCAUCUCAACCAGCAGCUGCAACUUCAACGACACCAACAGAUACAACUUCAGCAAAGUCAAGAAAACCAGUUGCAACAGCAGCAACUUCAAUUGCAGCAGCAACAAUUUUUGCAACAGCUGCUAGGUCAGGAUCUAUCUCAACAGACGCAAUCAUCAGUCGACCAAUCGGUUCUACUGUCUUCACAGUUACAGCAGGCACAGGCUCAACAACAACUGGGACUGAGCCCGAUCCAACUCCCGGAAGACACGUUCCCGCAAUUCAACAAGCAGGAAGGAACCAAUGACGGCAAUGCGGUGAACACGAACCACAAAGCACCAGGCAGUGCAUUCACUACAGCAGGGAUCGGUGGGGUGGUCUACGAUUUUCUAAGAGUUGCUAGGCCUAAAGUUAAACUCCAGCAAAAACAAGCAAAGUCAGCUCUGCGGAGGAAGCGUUGGCCAAUAUGCAAAAGGAGGCUGAGAAGGCGGGUGGUUAAACAGAAUGAGGACGCUGAGAAGGGCAGUAAGGGUGAAGAGGGGAUUGAGAAGAACGAUCCCUUAUCUCCUACGGAGAGUCCAAGCGCACACAUGCCAUUAUUGGCCCAGAUGAGGCCGAAUCUUACAGAGGACGCAUUGUCUCCGACAGCUGGCUUGUUAGACAAGGCGUCAGAACAAAGCACUACGAACUCUGGUUAUUCGGAAAGUUCGGUCAAAAAUAGUACGGCGAAAACAAACAACGACGCCAACGCACAGCCGACGAAAGUGGCGAAGCUGUUGUCAUUAUCUACAAAGGCCAAUUUGAACCUGGUAGAUAUGAAGCUUUUCCAUCAUUAUUGUACCGAUGUCAGUCUCACCAUUACUACGGCACAAGUGUCCGUUCCUGAAGUCUGGGGUAAAGAAGUACCAAAGCUUGCGUUUUCGUACCCAUUCUUAAUGCAUUCUUUGCUGGCGUUCAGUGCCACACAUUUGUCCAGGACAGAACCCGGUCUGGAGCAAUUUAUUUCAUCACACAGAUUAGACGCAUUACGGUUGUUGCGGGAGGCUGUUUUGGAGAUUUCUCAAGACAACACAGACGCCUUGGUAGCGAGUGCGUUGAUCUUGAUCAUGGAUUCCCUGGCCAAUGCGACUAACGACCGUACGGGGAGCGAAGAGAACGGGAGUAGUGUACCGUCAUCCGCGUGGAUUUUCCAUGUGAAGGGGGCAGCGACGAUAUUGACAGCUGUAUGGCCGUUGAAUGAGGAUUCCCGGUUCCACGACUUGAUAUCUGUCGACCUAAGUGAUCUGGGCGACGUUAUCAACAACGAGGAGGGCACAGUCUCCGAGUUGGUUUGUUUUGACGAAACUAUUGCAGAUUUGUACCCUGUGGAUAUAAACUCCCCCUACCUGAUUACUUUGGCGCAUUUGCACAAAUUGAACAGAGAGAUAAACCAUUCCAACUUCAUCUUGAGAGUGUUUGCGUUCCCCGCUUUGCUCGAUAAGACGUUUCUAGCGCUACUAAUGACAGGAGACCUGAAUGCCAUGAGGAUAAUGAGAUCCUAUUACAAGCUUCUAAGAGGUUUUGCUACGAAAGUGAAGGAUGAGGUUUGGUUUUUAGAAGGCGUCUCGCAGGUCCUGCCACAGGACGUUGACGAGUACAGUGGAGGAGGCGGUAUGCAUAUGAUGUUGGAUUUCUUAGGUGGCGGGUUACCAUCAAUGACGACUACGAAUCUAUCAGAUUUCAUGUGA